AUGGCUCCCGUCAAGUCUAUCCUCGCUGCUUCCAUGCUCGUGGCUGCCCGGCUCGUCUCGGGCCACGCCGCCAUCACCAACGCUGUUGGUGACGCCGGUGGCAAGGGCAUGGCCCUUGGAAUCGUCACUUCGACUCCCCGUGACGGAACCAGACGCAACCCCUUCCAGCAGGACGCCACCCGCUUCCGCGGUGCCUCUGCUGAUACCUUGGGCGAGACUGUCGGCCAGGGCGCCAACGAUCUCGAAAGCGGCAUGAGCAAGAUCAUGGCCGAGACUGGAGGCACUCUCCCCCAGGUCACGCCCGGCGGCAAGGUGACCAUGACCCUUCACCAGGUCAACUCGGACGGUGCCGGCCCCUACACGUGCAUGAUCAACGCCGACGGCACCGGCACCACCUGGGAAAACAUUCAGGUCUCGCAAAACGUCGAUGGCAACCAGCGCGGCCGCAACCGUCAGGGAAGCGCCACCGACCACCCUCUGGUGGCUGAUAUCCCUGCGAAUCAGCAGUGCACCGGUACCGCCGGUGGCCAGACUGGUGUCUGCCUCGUCCGCUGCCAGAACCCUGCCAACGCCGGUCCCUUUGGCGGUGUUGUCCCCGUCCAAAUGGUCGCCGCCGCUACUCCCGCCGCUGGUGGUGUUGCUGCUACUCCCGCCGCUGGCGGUGUUGCUGCUACUCCUGCUGCUGGCGGUGUCGGUGCUGUUCCUGCUGCUGGUACCGGUGCUGUUCCCGCUGCUGGUGCCGGUGCUGUUCCCGCUGCUGGUACCGAUGCUGUUCCCGCUGCUGGUGCCGGUGCUGUGCCCGCUGCCGGUGCUGUGCCCGCUGCCGGUGCUGUGCCCGCUGCCGGCGCUAAUACUCCUGCUACUGGUGCUGGCGCUGGUGUCAACACUCCUGCUACCGGUGCUGCUCCCGCUACUGGUGCCGGUGCUGCUCCUGCUACUGGUGCUGGUCGCAAGGGUGCCGGCCGCAACGGUGCUGGCCGCAACGGUGCUGGCAACGCCGCCGAUGACGAUGAGGAGGAGGAGGAAGAAGAGGAGACUGGCAACACUCGCGGCAACGGUCGCAACCGCAACAACAACCGCCGCGCUGUUGCAUGGAAAGCCUAA